AUGGCCCCAGGGGCGCUUGCGAUGCUGCUGCUGCUGCUCCUGCCACCACUGCCCGGGCUCCCCUCCCGGACUGCUGGCUGUCCGUCUUCCUGUCGCUGCUAUAGUGCCACCGUGGAGUGUGGCGCCCUGCGGCUGCGCGCAAUCCCGCCCGGAAUCCCGCCCGGCACGCAGACGCUGUUCCUUCAGGACAAUAGCAUCGCGCGCUUGGAGUCCGGCGCCCUGGCACCGCUCGCCGCCCUGCGCCGUCUCUACUUGCACAACAACAGCCUAGGCGCCCUAGAGUCCGGAUCCUUCAGCGCGCAGCCGCGACUGCUUGAACUUGCGCUCAAUGGCAACCGGCUGCGCGGCUUACGAGGCAGCGCCUUCUCCGGCCUGUCUCAGCUGCGCGUGCUCUACCUGGCGGGCAACCAGCUGGCUCGAUUGUUGGAUUUCACCUUCCUACACCUGCCGCGCCUGCAGGAGCUGCACCUACAAGAAAACAGCAUUGAGCUGCUGGAGGACCAGGCCCUGGCUGGACUCUCCUCACUCGCCCUGCUGGACCUCAGCAGGAACCAACUGGGCACCAUCAGCCACCAGGCCCUACAGCCCCUUGCCAGUCUGCAGGUCCUGCGCCUCACAGAGAAUCCGUGGCGCUGUGACUGUGCCCUGCAUUGGCUGGGCACCUGGAUCAAGGAAGCAGGCCAGCGGCUGCUCAGCUCCAGGGACAAGAAGAUAGUGUGUGCAGAACCCCCGCGCCUGGCACUUCACAGUCUCCUGGAGGUAUCUGGUAGCAGUCUCAUCUGCAUCCCGCCCUCAGUGCACGUGGAACCGCUAGAGAUCACAGCCAAUCUGGGAGAGGACCUGCGGGUGGCCUGCCAGGCUUCAGGAUACCCGCAACCCCUGGUCACCUGGAGAAAGGUCAGCCAGCCCCGCGAGAGGUCAGAGCAGGCCCAAGCGCACCCCGAAGGCAGAGUGCCAGGCCUGGGUGGGCAUGGAGCCCCGGACAUGGGCAGUGGCAUGCUCUUCCUCACUAACAUCACCUUGGCCCAUGCUGGCAAGUACGAGUGUGAGGCUUCCAACGCCGGCGGCACUGCCCGAGUGCCCUUCCAGCUCCUGGUCAACCUGUCUCAGCAGCAGCGGUUGCCAGCAGCCCCGUCGCCCCCGUCCGCUGGCCCAGUCAGCCACGAGCCCCUGUACGAGGCGGGCAGCAUGGCCUUCCGCGCCCUGGGCCUGGCCACCCAGACUGCCAUCGCGGCGGGCAUCGCACUGCUAGCACUCACAGCAUUGCUGUUGGCAGCCAUGAUCUGCCGGAAGCGGCGCAAGCGGAAAAAGGCUGCGGGGCCUCCGGGGGAGGGUGUGCUGUUCGUCAAUGACUACUCCGACGGGCCCUGCACCUUCGCCCAGCUCGAGGAGCUCCGCGACGAGCAAGGUCACGAGAUGUUCGUCAUCGACCGCUCCAAGCCCCUCUUCACCGAGGGACCGGCAACAGAGGCGCUGGCGGACCGCGCCCCCUCUGAGGGUGCGGCGUCCAGCCCCGCGCAGGGCCUCCUGUUCCCACCUCCGGUCGCCUUUGAGAUUCACUGCUAA